AUGCCUCUCCCUCGCAUCCCAGAAUUGAGGCUCCCGUCUUUUCGAGAGCUCGACGAGUCUAUCGAAGCCAACAAACACAGCCAAAUGAGCUCGCAUCUUUCUAACAAUACGUAUGAUGGAAUAGACAACAGUUCCUCGUCUUCACCACAAAAUAUCAACACCACUCCCAAUCCAUAUCCGCCUUAUCCUGCUAAUGGAUGGCUUGUCCCGCCUGACCCCAGCCAGAAUGCUUUUCGAGAGCCAGGAUUUGCCUAUCGAAAUCAGGACUUUGCCAGCGUGCUUCAACCCACUGUGAACAUGGACAGAGGUGAGGAAGAGGGAACGCGGACCUCCAUCUCAAGCCAAAAGUACAGCUUACAAGGCCGUCACACAGACAUAAAUCCGACUCAUCAACUCUCCCUGCGCCUGAAGCAACCCCAACCAUCACCAAGUCCCACGCAGUCGACUCUCAGCUCCGCGCAGACGACACUCCGCGGACCGCUCUCUCCAGGUACCCCAGAGAAUGUCUCCCCCAGCCGAACUCGAUCAAUCUUGACAAACCGCCAGCCACCUAACGAGCAAGUCCAUCGCCAAAGGGUCAAGCACGAUGCAGGGGCCAACCACCGCGUCCAGAGACGACGAGUCGGCGUCGAUUUCUCGGAGGUAGCAGCGCACACCGCAAAGUGCGAUGUAUGCAACAAGCGCAACAAAAACGGCAUGGCUCGUUGCCAGAAUUGCGGUUGGCAAAUCUGCCGCAAGUGUCUGACCGAUCGAAACGGGGACCGAGCCCACGCUUCUUUUGGAGCUACUCAUGUCCCCGAGAGCGGCGGCGAUAUGCCGGUAUCUUUGCCAUCUGUGAAUGGGAAUCAAGAGCGUCGAUCCCCCGCGUCAACAGCAGAACUGAGGGCUGCGCAAACCCUACUUGAUCUUGGAUCUUUCCGUAAAGGAACUGGGACUACUAUUCGCGCUGGUAAUGUGGCAAACAGGGCAGCUGGACAGAAAGUGGCUGCACGUGGCCGGGGCUUGCAGCUGCAGGUUGAUGCUCUGUCUACUGAUUCUGAUAUGACAUUGUCGAUUGUUGGAGAUGAGGAGUGGCCUCAGGAUGAGUCUGAUGUCCCUAUUGGUGAGGACGGUCUGCCCCUUGGGUACGUCAUUACAAGGCGCAACCCUGCGCGUGCUGCGAGACCUUCGAAAAUGGCGGAGUAA